UUCAAUUAAUCAAAAUUCAAGAUUCACAACUUCCAUCUUGGUUGGAAUAAUCAAAAAUGUACCUUCAAUUAAUGAUCCAGUAACUAAUCUGAAAAUAUCACCUUUCAAGUUUGUUUUAGACUUAGAAGAUAUUUCUUUAAUUUACAAUAACUACAACAAUCAAACAACCAAUAAUCAAACUAUAAAUGCACCUUGGUUAAAUCCAAGACAACCAAACCGUGUUGCAAGAGGAGCAUCACCUAGAACUACAAGAAGAAGAUUAACUAAUACUCUUACAACAGCUUUAAAUUUCAAUCUUUUCCAAAUAUGA